AGUGAAUUAUGUCAGUUGAUUCGACAACAGUUUCCUCAGAUUCCAAUCAUCACUUUGAAGCGCAGGUAUUUUAAUGAUGAAGAGGGAAAACAAUAUAUCACGGAUUACGGAUUACAAGAAGAUACAGCCGGAUUACUUUUUGGAGUAUCCGCAAAGUACUAUUGCUUAGCGGCUGUAUCUGGAACAUUUAGGCAUAUAUUUGAAAACGAAGGCUACUCGUUUGCAAACCACACAGUCAAGUUUGUCUACCAAGGUGCUGACGAUUCAAUUACAGCAAAAAAUUUGGAGCUUGUCUCAAAUACGACUAAUAGUCGUACCCGAAACACUCUGUUGGGUAUCUUAGAUCAUACUGUAACACCGAUGGGAAAACGUUUACUCAGAAUGAACAUUUUACAGCCACCAUGCUCUAUUGAUAUUAUAAGGGAUAGACUAGAUGCGAUCGAAGAACUUUCGCAUAGUGAAGAAAGUAUAUUUAAUAUACAGUCGUGUUUAAAGCAACUGACAGAUUUGGAUCAUACAAUAUCUUACCUGGUCAAAAUACCU